AGCUGCGACCCAUGAUCCCAUGUGAUUCUGUGGGAUUCGGGAAGGACGGAGGAACACGGGCUCCGAGCGCUUCUUCCAAGGACACUGAUCUCGACACAAGUGAAGUGUGGGAAAUGCGGCGCGGGUUCCACCCCCGGCGUGCCUGGGACCUUCCUGCGAUAAACGUGACAUUGGGAGAUACCAUGGGCCGCGUGUGAGCGCACAGUGCCGUGGCGUGGGAGGGACGAGGGCGAAGCGCUGCUGUGUGCCGCGCGCCGGCCGCUGUCACAAGGAUUCCGAUCCGCUGCGUUCCGCUCCGCCGUAAGACAUGAGCGCGGAUCGCGGCACCAGCUGGAUUUCCCGCCGGUGGAGCGCGCGCCUCGCGCUUCUACUGUGCGCGCAGAUGGUAUCCUCAAGGCCGAGCUGUAGCUACUUUCAGUACCAAGAUGGCAAGACGUGCUGCAACAAGUGUCCACCAGGAACAUUUGCUUUACAACUUUGCAAUGGCAAUUCAGGGACCAUAUGCCGACCGUGUGGGAGCAAUGAAUAUCAGCCAGACUGGAACAAAGAGCCACGAUGCCUUCCACAGAAAUACUGCGAUAAAGAGAGAGGCUUUGACCCGGUUCGGCCAGAGAAUCGCACAGCCCCUGUGCCCUGCCGCUGCCAGCCAGGACGGCAAUGCUUCCUGGUCAACUGCGAGUACUGCGAGAAGCUCCAGGUGUGCCCUCCUGGGCAUGGAUUCACUCGGGAAAGCUCGGGCCGGCGAACGUGCAAGCCUUGCACAUUUGGACACUUCUCCGACAUCUCUUCUGCCACCGAGCCCUGCAAGCCCUGGACUGACUGCAAAGCCCUGGGAAAGACUGUCCAUCAACCCGGAACGGAGAAAACAGACGCUGUCUGUGGGCCUCAUGUUGCUGGUGGCGCUACCUCAUGGGUUGCAGUGGUCAUUCUGUCCUUUGUUAUUGUGGUGUCACUUUCCGUCCUCUUCUUGUUCCUCUACAAGGACAAGUGGAAGGAUCUCUCUGUGAACAUCAGCUCGUGUGUGCAGAACCUGAAGAGUAGAACGAUGCACCAGGAGACGGUGCCUGCAGCCUACAGUAACGCUCGUGGCCCGCAGAACUGCGCUCUUGAAGUCUCUUGUCUGAUCAACAACGAGAAGAACCCGCCAGACUCUUUCAGAGGCUCGUCCGGUGACAGGUGGACAGAUAGCAGCGAGGACUUCGUGACAUAUGUCCCAGCAGAGACCGCGGCACCGGCGGCUGCGUCUGGCAGGCGGUGCGAUGAUGGGAACCCCCCCCACGAGAGUGCCGGGACCUGCCGCUGUGGGCUGUCCACAAAGGAGCCUCUGGAAGUGGGUGAAAACGAGGACUGCAGCCAAGCUGUGGCCACCUGCCCCUGUGACCGCAGAGGCAGGACCGCUGGGGCACAACCCCUCCUUACCAGCGGCAGUGGCGCAGAUGGGCCAACCCCAUGCAACCUCUGCGCAGACGUGUGCAGCCCAAAGGGGGAGGGCACCGCUGCAGGAGAUGGGUUGGAGGCUGAGGAGGAGGGAAGCUGCAGCAAGAAGGAGCUUCAUGACGGCAGUGUGGAUUCAGCCGCUACCAAGGAGCUGCCCUCGGUCAGCGACAAUAACCUGGACCUCCCUCUCCAUGGGAAUAGAGACCUGGACUUGGGCCCUGAACCCGAGCUCCCUAGCCACAGUCUCACAUCCGGUCAUGUGACUGGAAACGGCAACACCACUUUCAUUUCCAACGGCCAAGUGAUGAACUUCAGCGGUGAGGUGCUGGUGGUGUACGUCAACCAGGAGUCGCUGAGCGCUGGGGCAGAGCCAGAAGAGGCCUUCAGCAGUCCUGUGCAGGAGGAGCUGCCCCACAUUGGUCCCGCCCAUGGGAACAGCACCGCAGGGUGAUCGCUGACCCCCCCCACAAUCGAGUAGCAGGAGGAGAGAAAUGAGUAGAGGUGACAGCAAAAUGCACCCUGGGAGAUAUGGAGGCUGAGUUGAACUUACACACAUGUGUAUGUCACACUUUUCUCAUAGUAUUCAGAGGACUCAGGUGUACAGCUUAUAUUUUAUCAUAUAAUAGAUAUUUUUUAUAAGUCCUUAUGUUUGUCUUUUGUUGCAGGCAAUAAUGUUUGGGUUUUCACUCUGUAUAGAGCUGCUAACAAUAAAAAGUAAUAAUUGAAACAAUGGAAGUCGUCCUCAGGAGGCAGUUUAGGUCAGAGGCAGAGCUGCUCUGUAGAGCUCUGCAAUACAGCAAUAACUUUUUUAGCUGGAUAUUUGGUGAUACCUUGAAACUGGUUCAAAGGGGCAUUCAGAAAGUGAACAUUAGUCGACAAUGAUCUGUGAUUUGGGUCUGCUAUAAACUCAAGGAAGAAACACUGUCUGGCUUCAUUGGGUCAUCAUGGUAGAACAAGCAAAGGUUCAGAUAGGUGAUAACAGAUUGACAUAUGAGGAGACAGGAGUACUAUAUUUUCUGGAGGCAACAGCUCUAGGUGGUUCACUGCUUUGCGUUCAGCAGUCGACUUUUUGAGUUAUGUUUAAAUCCUGAAAGUAAUCAAACUGGGAAACUGCAUUGGGUGUGUUCUUUUCAAAAGAUAUAAAUAAUGUAACCACUCUUCCGACUCUUUCCAAAUGUCACAUUUAUGAAAAUAAAUUGUAAUCCUACAGCGAUUAUCACAAUUUGAUGUUUCCUGCUUGUUUCAUAGUGCUAAAGUGCUUAAUUUGUUUUUUAUUUUUGUCCUGUUUCUAUGCAAGAUACACUGAAAUGAUUACUUGUACCACAUUUUUGAAAUAAAACAUCUUC